UUUAAAAAUUCUGUAAACAAUAUAUCCAGCUAGAACCCUAACAUAUACCUCAAUUAGUCAAUUUUCCCUCCAAAAAUGGCUAAAAUUUGAUGAUGCAAAUAACAAUCCUAUAAACCCUAACAUUUCCUGAUGAAUCGAAGCUUCUGCGAUUGAAGAAGAACAUUCCAGCAGAAGGAAAUUAUAUCAAUUUUGAUUGUUAUUUGAUCGUCAAACCAAAAAUUGGUAGAAUGGCUGAAGAAACAGAGUUGUCUAAUUCAAUUGUGUUAGUGAGAUCAUGGAGGACUGCUUUUUUGACUUUAAGGGAUGAAACUCAAACUCAAUCUCAAAUUCAAUCUACUGACACUUUGAUUAGUGUUAUUCCCGUGCUCGACGAACUCGUAUUCGCUCACUUUAACUCAUUUGUUGCUGCUUCUCCUUUGCUUCCACCUCACGAGGUUACGUCGGAUUUGAUGUAUCUUUUGAAUGUGGCGGCUUCAAGCAAUUGCACGAAUGAAGGCACGGGUCGUGCUUUGUAUCUUAUUUGUCAUCUGAUUUACAAUAUUGCUCUUCGCGUUCCACUUGCAUUGAGUUCAUCUGCUUGGUCUGAGAUGCUUGGGUCUUUCAGCAAGAUAGCAAAGUAUUUUAUUGAAAAUGCUGUCAGAGUAGGAUCUGUCUCUGACAACUCUACUGGGAUAAAAGCUACGAAGGAUUGUCUGGAAACAAUAAGGCAUCUGAUCAGCAUGGAUCCUCGAAGGUCUUCAACAUCAGAAAACAUUCAGUUGGUGGAAUUCCUCCUUCAUAUUGUUGUAUGCUGUCAUUCCGAGUUGAACGGCUCAUAUCAAUCCAAUGGUAAUAUGAGUUGUCGUGGUGACUCUGGGAAAGUUCAACAUGCCAGCUUGUGGAAAGUUCAAACGACUGCCUUUUGUAUGGUCAGUGAAUCAUUUACAAGAGUUGGAUCUUCUUUUCCUGUAGGCACUUGGCAGUCUGUUGUUGAGGUGCUGAGGAAAGUAAUGGAUUCACUUGCGGCCAAGAUGCUUAUUGCAGAGGAUGGUGUCCUGUCAAGGUUUUACACCUCAGUUCUGCAAUGUCUUCACCUUGUACUUGUAAAUCGGAAGGGUUCUCUUUCAGAUCAUUUAGCAGCUUUUGUAGCAGCAUUAAGAGUAUUUUUAGCUUAUGGCCUAAAUACUUCAAGCUCGUUAUCCUGUCAUGGAGAUAAGGAUCCAGGCCCUUCAAGCCAUAGGUUUUCUUCAAAGGAAACCAUCAAAAAGGAUGUUGGUGCAUACAGGCCUCCACAUUUGCGCAGGAGGACAGGUUCUUCUCUGCAGCAGCCACUAACUAAGCCAUCUCAAAUAUCAUCAGAUCAUGACUCUUCGCCACUUGAAUGUUCAUCAUCCGAUUCUGACUAUAGUGAUAGUGACAUUGGACCAAAAGAUUUUGAUACUGUGCGCAGCUGUAAGGCCAGAGUUGCUGCUAUCAAUUGUAUACAGGAUCUUUGUGAAGCUGAUCCAAAGGCUUUCAUUGCCCAAUGGACAAUGCUUUUGCCAACUAAUGAUGUACUUCAACCAAGGUACUGCUUGCUUAUUUGCAGGAAGUAUGAGGCGACUUUGAUGACUUGCUUGUUAUUUGAUCCAUUCCUGAAGACACGGCUGGCAUCUGCCUCAGCGAUUGCUGCCAUGCUGGAGGAGCCUUCCUCUGUAGCUCUGCAGGUUGCAGAAUACAGGGAUUCAACUAAAUGUGGUUCUUACAUGGCACUCUCAAGCUCUCUGGGUCAGAUACUCAUGCAACUUCACGCUGGUGUGCUAUACUUGAUUCAACACGAGAGGCAUACUGGACUAUUGACCUCCUUGUUCAAGAUUCUCAUGCUGUUGAUAUCAUCCACACCGUAUUCGAGGAUGCCUGGAGAGUUGUUGCCCAGAGUCCUUUCAUCUCUUCGAUUGAGAAUUGAGGAGGGUUUUUCAUUUAAAAAUGAUCAAACCAGUUUACUGGCUAUUUCUAUCAGUUGCUUGACUGGAGCUAUAUCUACAUCUCCUUCUUCUUCACAUGUUAAUGAAAUGUUUGAAGCUGAAAUAUCUGCAGGUUUAUAUUUGGAUAAAGGAGGAUCAGGUGUCUUGAUUACUCUGCUUCGACAUGCUGAGCAAGUCGCAAAUCCACCAAUAUGUUUGGAAGCUCUCCAGGCCCUCAAAGCUCUAUGCCACAACUACCCUAACAUAGUGGCUGCGUGUUGGAAACAAAUUUCAGCUACCGUAUAUCAAAUUUUGAGACCAGACACUUUUAGGUUAUCGUAUUCAAAAGGAGCUUUUGGACAUGAGAGUCUAUCAUCUAUGGAUAAGGUUGUGUCAUCUGCUGUCAAGGUUUUAGAUGAAUGUCUUCGCGCAGUAUCUGGAUUUAAAGGAACUGAGGAUCUAUUCGGUGACAGAUUAGGAGAGACUCCUUUUGUGUCAGACUUUGUGCGUGACAAAAAAAUCUCUUCUGCCCCAUCAUAUGAUUUGGAGAAUGUCGUGCCUUCCAGAGACAAUCUGUCAGGAAACUCAGUGUGGUCUGAGGCCAUUGAGAAACAUAUAUCCAUAUCUAUAUGUCAUGUAUCUGGAAUGGUGAGAGCUGCAUCAAUUACUUGUUUUGCUGGUAUCACUUGUGCUGUCUUAUUUUCUCUUAGGAAGCAGCAGCAGCAGUUCAUCCUUUCUUCCUGUAUAAAAGCUGCAAAUGAUUCAGUCCCUUCAUUAAGGGCAGCUGCGUGUCGAGCGAUUGGUGUCAUUGCGUGUUUUCCAGAGAUUUUUAAGAGUGCAGAAAUCCUUCAUGAGUUUAUCAAUGCUGUGGAGGUCAAUACACAUGAUCAGCCUGUCUUGGUGCGUGUUACUGCAUCUUGGGCUUUGGCAAACAUAUGCGACUCAUUUCGACACAGUGUUUCUGAAAUUUCCUUAGACUCUGAAGCAAAUUUCCGACUGGUGACAUUGUUAGAAUGUUCUUUGAAGCUAACAACAGAUGGAGAUAAGAUUAAGUCAAAUGCUGUUAGAGCUCUAGGUAAUCUUUCAAGAGUGAUCCCGUUUGCAAAUCCCCUUGAACAAGGAAAAUGUCCAGUUACAUGUCCUGGAAUCAGCAAGAUGGAGAAUUUUUCCUGGAAGUGCACUGUAACUAAUAAGGACACUGCCUUAUCUUCAGAUCCCUUGGGAUGUGUUCAUUUAUUAGAGAAAAUCGUGCAAGCUUUCCUCUCAUGUAUUACCACCGGAAAUGUGAAGGUCCAAUGGAAUGUUUGCCAUGCAUUAAGUAACUUGUUUCUGAAUGAAUCACUGAGAAUGCAGCGAUCGGAUUGGGCUUCGUCAAUUUAUAGUAUUCUUCUACUGCUGCUUCGUGACUCUUCCAACUACAAAAUCCGGAUACAAGCUGCCGCUGCUUUGGCUGUUCCAUCAACAUUGCUUGAUUAUGGCAGUUCGUUCUCAGAUGUUGUUCAAAGUAUCCUACACAUUCUUGAAAAUUUGACAACAGACCAACAUUCAACUCCUAGUUUCAAGUAUAGAAUUGCUCUGGAGAAGCAGCUGACCGCAAGCAUGCUUCACGUACUUGGUCUUUGCUCAAGCAACAGUCAUGAACCACUGAAAGAGUUUCUUCUCAAAAAAGCAUUGUUCCUUGAAUGUUGGUUGAAAGAUUUGUGCUCAUCGCUUGAGUCAAGGAUUCAGCAAGAUGAUGAAGUGGACUUCUGUAGGAACCAAAAAAGAGAGUUAGUGUUGCAGGCAAUAAAAUCACUGAUUGAAGUGUAUGAGAGUAAAAACCAGUCUUCUUUGGCACAAAAACUUCAAAAGUUGAUAGCAGCUUGUGGAUGAAAACAUAAAUGGCUGGACUGAUCUCCUAUAUGCACUGGGACCUGAAAUAUAUUUCUCUUGCAUGCCAUUAUAUCUUCUGUCGAUCCAAUAUGGAAUUUGGUGGAGUCAACAUAAAAUUUGGACAUUUGCUGGCUGCUGAGUCUAUGAGCUUCAGAUGUGACCGUUGUCCAAGAGUGACAACAAUAAGGAGAAGACUCGUGUGGGAGGAAUGUGCAGGACCUGGAUGAAAUGGGACGCAUGCAGUUGCUCAUAUUUUAGACCGUUUCCCUGGUAAUGAGAGUAUUUAUCAUCCGUCUCUAGGAAGAAUGGCAUCCUUGCACUUCCAAUCUUGGUUCUUCUUAAGGCAGUGAUUUCAGGGCGCUUUCUCUGGGCAGGAACGCCCUUUUGUACAUUAUAUUUAUCUUGUAUUUCCUCCAUAAUGAGGCAAGGUAUGGAUGAUAGCUAUGGUGAGAGAUGUAUAGAGGGUAGGCUGCCCAAUAUAAUAAGUCUUUAACCUUUAAUUUAGUGUAUAUGUUGCUGCACUACAUACCAAAAUAAGUACUACGUAGUAUUAAUGUCGAUUUUGUAGUAGUAUUGGUUGAUAAACACCAACACUCUUCAAUUUUUUGUGGGUUUUGAUUGAAAGUAAAUUGAUUGAUAAAGACAA